AUGUCUUCUAGUGCUUGGAGGAAGCGCCGUGCACUCAAGACUAGAGCAGCAUUUGUGCGAUCCAAACGGAGGAUUGUCGUUGAGGCAAUAGAAGUGAGACCACCCGCAGAAGACCCUGACAACAUGCGUGAAGAUUCACCCACUCUUCUCGUACAAUCUGAGGAGGCGCUGUCCGAAGUCUCCCUAGCUUUUCGUUCCGCUUCCCCACCUACGGAAGAGCCGUCUGAACCGCCUACGCCAUUGGAGGAACCUUUCGAACCUUCCUCGUCCGAAGACAAACAACUCCACCAGAACUUGGAUGACUGGGCUGUAUCGUUGGAGCGUUACGACAAGAUCAUGCUUUCGCUGUGGUUAGUUGAGUGUUUUCGGAGAGAAUUCAGCCAAGGUGUAAUGUCAGCAACGAAGAAAGUGGCAAAUCUUAUUCAUGUGGGAGAGAGGACUGUGAGAUGGAGAUCAGACUUCAUGACUAACCAUGGACAGCUUUCUGAAGACAGCAGGGGCAAGUACGAGCGUGUCUCAAUCCUGAACGACGAGGAGUUCAGGAAACACGCGACUUCAUGGGCAAGAGCUAACGCGUGUGUAAAGGGUAAGCUCAACAUGACAGUUGCCGACUUCUGUCAAUAUGUAAACGACCAGCUGUUACCCAGUCUUACAUUGUCUCCAGGAUUUCCUAGAAGGAUUUCAUUAGAAACAGCUAGAAAGGUACUUUACGACUUAGGCUUCGAACGGGUUGAUAGUGGAAAGAAGGGUGUGUACAUCGAUGAACACGAGAGAAAUGAUGUUGUCAUUGCAAGACGAGCAUUCUUAGAGAAACUAAGAAAAUUAGAGUCUGAGCACCUACCUCCUCCUGAUGCAAGUGAUGUGUCACCAGGUGAACAACUUGUUAAGCUAGAAAAUCCAGCUGCUUCGAAACACCUUGUAGUUGUAUGCCGCGAUGAGUCUACAUUUCAAUCAAACGAUGACCAGACCUCUGCUUGGCUACAAGAAGACCAACAGGUGAUAAGACCCAAAUCACGAGGCUCUGGUCAAAUGGUUAGUGAUUUUGUAGAUGAAUAUUGUGGCUUUUUUAGACUCACUGACGUUAAAUUUCAAACAGCCAAACAGUCACAACCUACCAUUAAACAGAAAGCUAAGGUUAUUUUAGAAUACGGGGAGAGGCGAGAUGGCUAUUGA